AUAAAUAAAUAUAAAAAUAAGUUCUGAAGUUUGACUAUAUACUUUCAGUAUAUACCAUACAGUUACACACAAAAAUGUGGUUUCUUGGUUGGAAAGGACCGUCGGGAUUCUCAGCUUCUUCAACCGCUGAUCAAGUCACUCACGGAAUUGAUGGAACCUCUCUCACUGCCAUCGUCACAGGAGCAUCGAGUGGUCUUGGUUUGGAAACAACCAGGGUUCUUGCUUUGCGUGGUGUUCAUGUUGUUAUGGCUGUGAGGAAUGUGAAUAGUGGUUUGGAUAUUAAAGAAACGUUGCUUAAGGAAAUUCCUGCUGCUAAAAUUGAUGUUUUUCAGUUAGAUCUUAGCUCCCUGGCAUCUGUUAGAAAAUUUGCAUCAGAUUUUAAUUCUUCUGGUUUUCCACUCAAUAUUCUAAUUAACAAUGCAGGGCUGAUGGCUACUCCAUUCAUGCUUUCUGAAGACAAUAUUGAAUUGCAGUUUGCAACCAAUCAUUUAGGCCAUUUUCUGUUGACAAACCUUUUAUUAGAGACUAUGAAAAAAACUGUAAGGGAAAGCAACCGGGAAGGAAGGAUAGUAAUUGUAUCAUCGGAGGCUCAUAGAUUUGCAUAUAGUGAAGGGAUUCGUUUUGAUAAGAUCAACAGUGAAUCAGAAUACAGCAGUUAUUUUGCUUAUGGACAAUCGAAACUAGCAAACAUUUUGCAUGCCAAUGAGCUUGCAAGGCGCUUGAAGGAAGAACGGGUGCAAAUAACAGUUAACUCUCUUCAUCCUGGUACAAUUAUUACAAAUAUUCUGCGGUACCAUGGUUAUUUUAAUGCCGUUGCUAAUAUGGUGGGCAAGUACCUACUUAAAAAUGUGCAACAGGGAGCUGCAACUCAAUGUUAUCUUGCACUGCACCCACAGGUCAAGGGAAUAUCUGGUGAGUACUUUACGGAUAGUAAUAAGGCAAACCCAACAACUUUAGCUCAAGAUACAGAGCUGGCAAAAAAACUAUGGGAAUUAAGUGUAAGUUUGUCUAAUACGAAGUAGCUGGCUCAAGAUACAGAGUUUGCCACACUGAGCUAGAGCAAAUUUAAUAUGUGCUCUGAGGUUUGUAUAAGAAAAAGCUUUUCGUUGAUUUGGUAAUGUGUAGUCAUAAAUUUUUUACAUCUUGAAUCUUUUCAGUAAUCAAUAGCUCGGGAAUUUCCAGUUCAGGUUUGA